AUGUCCACUAGAAAAUUUGAAUCUGGAUAUUCUAAAAGAAAACGGCAUAAGAAGGUUGAACGAUUGAUUAAACCUCAAGAGGGAGCCCUUGAUAAAUUUUCUAGUGGUAGUAAACAAAAACAUAAUGACGAUGUAGUUCUUGAAGAAGUGUUUAAUAAGAAUGAUAUCGACAAUAAUACAAUUGAAAAACAUCAUUGUCUGGUAAAUGAAGAGAUAUCUAUCGAGGAUGAUGUUAUGGAUGAAAGAAACAUCAAUGAAAAGAUUAGUGAACCAUUCUCCUUUAAUAUUAGUGAUCUAGUGAAUUGGGAAAAUAUGAAUCAGAAUUUAAGAGAUUUAAUCGUAAUGAAAGGUCCGCUAUUCAGGAAUGAUGGGGUUCAAACUCAAUUGGCACAUGAUGGUGCAAAUGAUUGGAAAAAUAUUGGUGAAAAACUAAGAACACAUGAAGUGAGUUAUGACCAUAUCACUAACUUGAGUAGAUGGAUCGAAAUGGAAAUAAGAUUUCAAAAGGAACAAACAAUUGAUAAAAGUGUGCAGGAACAAAUCAAUAAGGAUAGAGAACAUUGGAGACAAGUAUUGUUGAGAAUAAUAUCUAUGGUUAGAACUCUUGCAGAAAAUAAUUUGGCGUUUCGUGGAGAUAAUGAGAAGAUAUACCGAGAAAAUAAUGGUAUCUUCUUAAACUUAAUUCAAAUGAUUGCUGAGUUUGAUCCUGUAAUGCAAGAGCAUAUUCGUCGAAUUCAAAAUAAAGAAAUUCAUUAUCAUUAUCUUGGACACAAAAUUCAGAAUGAGUUGAUACUUAUGCUAGUGGAUGAGAUCAAGAAAAUAAUCAUCGAGAAACUCAAAGAAUCCAAGUACUUUUCUGUGACACUUGAUUGCACUCUAGAUUUGAGUCAUGAAGAACAAAUGUCUAUAGUAUUGAGGUGUGUUGAUAUUUCAGCAAGUCCAGUGAAGGUAGAAGAAUUUUUUUUAGGAUUUUUAUUGGUGGAUGAUACAUCUGGAAAGGGACUUUUUAAUGAAUUAGUGAAUGCGUUGAAUAAUCUAGAGCUUGAUAUCGAUGACAUAAGGGGUCAAGUAUAUGAUAAUAGUGCUAACAUGAGAGGAAAAUAUAAAGGGGUACAGAAUAGACUACUACAAGUAAAUCCUAGAGCAUUUUACACUCCUUGUGGGUGUCAUAGUCUCAAUCUUGCACUUUGUGAUAUGGCUACUUGUUGUACAAGAGCUAAAUCUUUCUUUGGAGUGGUACAACGUAUAUACACUCUAUUUUCAUCAUCUACUAAAAGAUGGAAAAUUUUUAAAGAUAAUGUAAAUGGCCUUACUCUUAAGCCUUUGUCUCAAACACGUCGGAAAAGUCACGUUGAAAGUAUUAGAGCAAUAAGAUUUCAAGCUCCACAAAUAAGAAAUGCUCUACUUGAAUUGGCAAGAGUUGAUGAUCCUAAGACAAAAAGUGAGGCGGAGUGUUUGGCAACAUAUGAAAUAGAGAAUUUUGAAUUCUUACUUGGGAUGGUUAUUUGGUAUGAAGUGUUGAAUAAUGUUAAUAGAGUAAACAAACAUUUGCAAACAGAGGACAUCCAUAUUGACGUUGCUAUAGACCAUUUAAAAGGGCUCAUUUCAUUUUUCAAAAGCUAUAGAGAAACUGGGUUUGAAUCGGCCGUGAUUGAUGCUAAAGAGAUUGCAAGUGAAUUAAACAUUGAACCGAUAUUUCGUGAAAAAAGAGUUAUACGUAGAAAGAAGCAGUUUGAUGAGAUUUCUUGUGAAGAGAUGACAGAAACAGCUGAAGAAUCUUUCUGGGUCAAUUAUUUCUUAUAUGUAGUAGAUCAAGCUCUAUCAUCGCUUCAAAAUAGAUUUGAACAAUUUCAGGAAUAUGACGAUAUUUUUGGAUUUUUAUUUGAUUUGGAAAAGCUUAAAUCCAUUGAUGAUGCUACAUUGAAGUGCCGUUGCAUUAAUCUUGAAAAUUAUUUGAAGCAUAACAUAGUAUCUGAUAUCGAUGGAAUGGAAUUAUUUUCUGAGUUGAAAAUUUUAAGAGAAGCAAUAUCUACAAAAAUGAAUGGAGCAGCUGAUGUGUUAAAUUACAUUAAGAGAAUGAAUAGUUGUUUUGCAAAUGUUUGGGUUGCUUACAGGAUAUUAUUGACUAUCCCAGUCACUAAAAAUAAAGUAUGGGGCCUCAAGAUUGCCGACUCGCUUAGGGCCUCCGAAUUGUCAGGGCUGGCUCUGCUUGCAACGCAGAAGAGAUUUAUUUAA